AUGGACCUGUUCUCCGCCGCCUGUGAGAACUUCGGUCUGGUCAUCAACACACAGAAGACGGUGGUGAUGCACCAACCGCCACCCAACUCGGCCACAGCACCCAACGCGCCGCCGCAAAUCAGCGUGAAUGGGACCCAACUGCAAGUGGUGGAGAACUUCCCGUACCUGGGCAGUACUCUCUCCCGCAACACCAAGACUGAUGACGAAGUCGCCAACAGGAUCUCGAAAGCCAAUCAUGCCUUCGGUCGCCUCCAAAGCACAGUUCGGAAUCGUCAUGGUCUCCAACUGAGCACCAAGCUGAAGAAGUACAAGGCCGUCAUCCUGCCGACACUACUGUAUGGAGCAGAGACUUGGACGGUGUACGCAAAGCAGGCACGUCGUCUGAACCACUUCCACCUCAGUUGUCUUCGUCUCAUCCUGAGGCUGAAGUGGCAGGAUCGAAUCCCCGACACUGAUGUGCUGGAACGGACAGGAAUCCUCAGUAUCUACGCCAUACUGAGGCAAAUUCAGCUGCGCUGGAGCGGUCACCUGGUGCGCAUGGAUGACGAGCGACUACCCAAACGACUCUUCUACGGAGACGUCGCGACGGGUUCUCGCCGUCAAGGAGGCCAGAUUCGACGUUACAAGGAUACCCUGAAGUCCUCCCUGAAAUGCCUGCAAAUCAACCCCACCAACUGGGAAGAGCUCGCACUCGAUCGACCGGCCUGGAGGAGGACAGUGAAGACAGGCGCUGCGAUCUACGAAGCCAACCGCAUCGCUGCCGCCAAAGCGAAACGUGAAGCCCGCAAAUCACAACUUCGCCCAGUAAGCAACGCCGCCGCACAACCGCUUCCAACGUGUCCUCGAUGUCAACGGACAUUCCGGGCUCGAAUCGGACUUGUUGGACAUCUUCGGAUUAACUGCGCCUCUCGAACGGCACCAACCAUCGUCCCCCCGCCUGCCUCUUCCUCCUCCUCUCCGCCGCCAACUAACCCUGACAAUUCUCCUGACCCAUCACUUCCACCAUCCUCCUCCUCCUCCUCCUCCUCGCCCACUGCUUCAACGGCGGCCGCUCAGGCGACUGUCCCGCGCACAGCAACCGACACUACCACCACCUCCCCCGACUCCAGGGAUGAGAAUCAGGACUACACCUGCCCUCACUGCGACCGUACCUUCACCUCACACAUCGGUCUGGUCGGUCACAGAGACUGGCGAACCAGUGCGUGA